GCUGACCUAAAAUCGUACGUUUGUUGGCAUGUGUAUGGGCUUGUCCAACGUUCUGAUAAGAAAUAUGAUGAAGCUAUUAAGGCGUAUAAGAGGGCUCUGCUCCUUGACAAAGAUAAUAUGCAAAUUUUGCGGGACUUAGCAUUACUCCAAAUUCAAAUGAGGGAUUUUGAAGGGUACAAGGAGUCGCGGUAUCACUUGCUACGACUUCGUCCAACACAACGGGUAUCUUGGAUAGGAUAUGCAACUGCUUAUCAUCUUCUGAAAGAUUAUGAAAAGGCUCUGACCAUUCUAGCAGAAUUUCUUCAGAACAACAAGCCCACAUCAUAUGACUUUGAACAUUCCGAGUUAGUGCUUUAUCAAAACAUGAUUCUCUGCGAAGCUGGUCAGCUGGAGGAGGCUUUGUCUAAGCUAGAGGAAAAUGCAGCUGUUAUAGUGGACAAAGUAACUUACAUGGAAAGGAGAGGAGCUCCUAUUUCUGAACGUGUAUCAAUGUACGACAGUUUUGCUGAACGACAUAAGCGAGCGGCAGCUCCACGGCGUCAGCCUUUGUAUCUUUUGGAGGGUCUAGAGUUGAGCCGCCGUCUUGACGACUGGAUAGUCAAGGGACUCCGAAAGGGCGUACCAAGUCUCUUCAAGAACUUAGUUCCUCUGUAUGACAACCCAGCAAAGGUCGCUAUUAUUGAACAGUUGUUAUUGGAUUAUGUCAAAAAAGUUGAGAAUAAUGGUUACAGAGGUGGCUCAUUCCAUGGUGACGAAGAAGAAAUGGAGUCUCCAACUUCCGCACUUUGGCUGUACCUACUGAUUGCUCAACAUUUCGAUCGUGUGGGAAAUAUCCCGGUUGCCUUGAAGUACGCGGAGUGUGCUUUCGCCCAUACACCGACUUUGAUAGAAACUCUUAUGAUCAAGGCGAAAAUAUACAAGCACGCUGGUGACUAUUCCGAG